UUGCUAAACUUCCUGCUCCACAACCACGCGAAAGGUUUCUAUAGAAACGAGGAAGAGGCAAACAAAAAAAACCCACAAAAAGAGGGGGUUUAAAGGAUGUGUUGUUGGCGUUUACAAGAAAGCUGUAUGGCGGUUGUGUGGGGGGAAAUAACACAUUAGAAAACGUGAGGAGCUGGUCACCUUUUUUUUGGACUCUCACCAGUCACCUACUCGAUAUGGAGACUCAUGGUAUUAUGAAAGCCUUCCCCAAAGUGAAGAGACACCGGCCACAUGAGGGUAAAGAUGCUCCCCCGGUCAAGAAACAUCCGGGUCAACCUGUUACUGGGAACAUAUUUCAGGGUGUCUGCGUCCACAUAGUCCCUGCUGGCAUAGGAAAUGCCCGGUGUGACAUAUUCCAGCAGCAGAUCGUGCAGAAUGGAGGCCAGGUGGAAGCUGCUUACGGACCCAGCUGCACGCACGUGGUCGUGGACGAGUCGGUGGACAGGGAACGAGCGUCAAGGCUGCUGAAGAUGGAAACCUUUCCCCCUGCUGUGCAGCUGGUAAAGUGCACUUGGCUCAGUGCUUGCAUCUCUGAGAAGAAGCUUCUGAGCACAAAAGACUACAGGCUUCAUCCAUGCAACCGUCCUCAGGACGCUCCCGCUGAGGAGCCAAAGCAGAUUGCUGUCAGUUGCAUCCCUGUUCCUGAGGAAACGCAGCCACCGGAUCACAAAUCAGCUCAAGAUGAUCCAGCUGACGUGUGCUCCACAGGUGCUCCACAGGUGCCCGAGACUCAGGAAGAACCCCUAGAGGAAGACGUUGUGUCACAGAACGAUUUGGAGGCUCUGAUCAGCGGGGUUAAACACGAUCCUGGUGCUUCAGAUGACACGCGGAAUGUGUCAGAAAAGACAAACGUGUUGGGAAAGUGGGUGUGUGCCCAGUCGUCUCAGACAAAGAGCAAGAACCACAACAAUCACAUCACUGACAAGCUGGAGCAGCUAGCCAAAGUGUACACACAUACGGGUGACAAGUGGAGGGCGCUGAGCUACUCAAAAGCAGUUAAUGCCCUCAAGAGCCAUCACAAGCCGAUCUCUUCAUAUGAGGAAGCCUAUAAGAUCCCAGGCAUCGGCAAGAGCAUGGCCAAUAAGAUUGUGGAGAUCAUGGAGAGUGGGCACCUGAGAAAGCUGGACCAGUUCGGGGAGGCUCUGCCCGUCCUGGAGCUGUUCACCAACAUCUGGGGUGUUGGCGCGAAGACUGCCCAGCUUUGGUACCAACAAGGGUUUCGUACGCUGGAGGAUAUUCGCACCAAGGCCACUUUGACUCACACGCUGAGAAUUGGCCUGAAACACUACGACGACUUCCUCGAACGUAUGCCAAGAAGCGAGGCAGCCGCCAUCGAGAAAACGGUGAGAGAGGCAGCACACAGCGUGAACCCAGAACUGCUGGUGGUGGCGUGCGGCUCGUACCGGCGCGGGAAGCCCACAUGUGGAGACGUGGACGUGCUCAUCACUCAUCCAGACGGCCAAUCGCACAAGGGCGUCUUUAGCAAAGUGCUCCAGAAACUCCAUCAGAGCGGCUUCUUGACUGACGAUUUGGUGAGCCACGAGGAGAACGGCGAGCAGAAGAAGUACAUGGGCGUAUGUGUCCUGCCAGGCCCAGGUCAGCGCCAUCGGAGGCUCGAUGUCAUUGUGGUGCCACACGAUGAAUUCGCAUGCGCCAUUCUGUAUUUCACCGGCUCAGCCCAUUUCAACCGCUCCAUGCGCGCACUCGCCAAGACAAAAGCCAUGAGUCUGUCAGAACACUCUCUGAACGCCGGCGUGGUGCGCAAGCGUAGCGUGAAGGUGGUACCAGGUUUGCCGCUGAGCACACCUACUGAGAGGGCGGUCUUUGAGCACCUGGGCAUCCCAUACAGAGAACCUCAUGAGAGAGACUGGUAGCAGGACACGUCAGAAUAAGAUAGAAAUGAAA